AUGCAAGACUCAACUAUGUCCAAACCAAAUGUUAUCCACGAUGAAUCGGCAGAGCAGCAGAAUGGUGACAAACCGGUGGAUAAUAGUGGCAUCGUACGCGUCGCCUUGACUGAAGAAGACAGCAAGCGAAUCUGCCGCAAGACCGACCGAACUAUUCUUGUUGUGCUUGUCUGGGUCUACUUCUUGCAGAUCCUCGAUAAGACAGUCUUGGGAUACGGUGCAACAUUCGGUUUACAGAAAGACACAGGUCUUACCGGCAACGAAUAUUCGCUCAUCGGCUCCAUCUCACCCAUUGCACAACUUGUCUGGCAGCCAUUUUCUUCGUACCUGAUUGUCAAGGUUCCACACAAAAUCCUUAUGCCAUCGCUAUGCCUUGGAUGGGGAAUUGCGCAGACAUGCAUGGCUGCAUGCCACAACUUCAACUCCUUGAUGGCGGCUCGAUUCUUUCUCGGCUUGUUCGAGGCCGGCUGUCUCCCUCUAUUUGGUGUCAUCACGAGUCAAUGGUAUCGACGUGCAGAGCAACCAAUCCGUAUUGCUGCGUGGUAUAGUACAAAUGGCUUAGCAACCAUCGUCGCAGCUGCUUUAUCAUAUGGACUGGCACAAAUCAAGUCAGACGUAUUCAAAUCAUGGCAGAUGUAUGGAAUCCAAAGAUCAACCCCCCGAAAGUGGUAUAUUCUGACUCCUUUUAGCAUUUUUCUUGUUGUCGGCCUGAUAACUAUUGCAUCCGCUCCAAUCGCCUACUGGCGCUUGGACAACGAUAUAUCCUCCGCUAGGUUCCUCACCGAGGAUGAGAAAGCUCAAGGAAUCGAGCGCCUUCGAGCCAACCAGACUGGAACCGGAAAUCCCGAGUUCAAGUUCAGUCAUGUGCUUGAGGUUUGCUUAGAACCCAAAACUUAUCUGUGGAUUGGAAUGUCAAUGCUCCUCAACAUCGGCGCCAGCGUGACCAACAUUUUUGGUCCACUGAUCUUAAGCGGCCUUGGUUACGAUAAAUACCGGACAACUCUGCUGACCAUGCCAUUUGGCGCGUUACAAUUCCUCAUCAUUCUGCUGGCAAGUUACCUCGCCCAAACUGCGCGUCUGAAGAGUGCUAUCAUCGCGGGUUUCAUGCUGCCUGUGAUAGCUGGUCUAUCAAUUUUGUAUGCGGUGCCUCGGAACACGUCUGUGCAGAGCGAAUUGCUUGCUGGUUACUAUCUACUUGCAUUCUUAUUUGGCGGCAAUCCAUUGGUUGUGACCUGGAUCAUCGGCAACACGGCAGGAACCACCAAGAAAUCCGUCAUCAUGAGUUUGUAUAACGCGGCAAGCUCGGCUGGAAAUAUUAUUGGUCCAUUGCUCUUCAACGAGAAGGACAAACCAGCCUACCAACCUGGCCUGCGUGCAUGUCUCGGAAUCUUUAGCGCCUUGGCUGCUGUUGUUGUCCUUCAGUGGGCCAAUCUAUGGUUCCUCAACAAACAACAAGCUCGUCGCCGUGUCCAAAACGGCAAGAGAGCUGAAAUUGUUGAUCUUUCGAUGCAAAAUAAUUACCACGAAACGCAGGAUAUACUGGAGGAGGCUGGACACGAGACUGUGCAAGUUGGAGACAAUGCGUUCCAGGAUUUGACCGAUCGGGAAAAUGAUGAAUUUGUUUAUAUCUAUUGA